GUGCGUUCCUUUCACGUGGGAUUUCAGCGCAAAUUUGUCUGGAGUUCUUGCGAGAGAGCUGGCAGGUUUUACUAUUUAUCACCUACUCGCCAAGCUCGCCUUGGGGCUGCACUCGGUUCUCGGAAACUUCAUUCAAAAGCCAGGCUAGGCGGCCCACGAGGUCGGGAUUGGGGGAUUGUGAAUGACCUCGAGGCCACUUCCUCCCUCUCCGAGCCCGUCCUCUACUCCCCUAGUCACCUUCACGGAAACAAAACUGCCCCCCAGGGCUAGAGAGGUCUCUCUCUCAGUCUCCCUCGCAAAGGGUUAAUUUGUCAGAUCGCACGAGGGGGAGGAGAUUUCCCCGUAGACAAGUAAAAAGGGUGAUGGACAAACGUGCGGGCACUAAGACCGCAAGGCAUUCGUUUCCUCCUACUGUGGAUGCGGACGCCCGGAGGAGGAGAGUCCCAGAGCGAGGAGCUGGGAGCAGAGGCACAGAGAACACGUAGCGACUCCGAAGAUCAGCCCCAAUGAACAUGUCAGUGUUGACUUUACAAGAAUAUGAAUUCGAAAAGCAGUUCAACGAGAAUGAAGCCAUCCAGUGGAUGCAGGAAAACUGGAAGAAAUCUUUCCUGUUUUCUGCUCUGUAUGCUGCCUUUAUCUUCGGUGGCCGGCACCUAAUGAACAAACGGGCGAAGUUUGAACUGAGGAAGCCAUUAGUGCUCUGGUCUCUGACCCUUGCAGUCUUCAGUAUAUUCGGUGCUCUUCGAACUGGUGCUUAUAUGGUGUACAUUUUGAUGACCAAAGGCCUGAAGCAUUCAGUUUGUGACCAGGGUUUUUACAAUGGACCUGUCAGCAAAUUCUGGGCUUAUGCAUUUGUGCUAAGCAAAGCACCCGAACUAGGAGAUACAAUAUUCAUCAUUCUGAGGAAGCAGAAGCUGAUCUUCCUGCACUGGUACCACCACAUCACUGUGCUCCUGUACUCCUGGUACUCCUACAAGGACAUGGUUGCCGGGGGUGGUUGGUUCAUGACUAUGAACUAUGGCGUGCACUCCGUGAUGUACUCUUACUAUGCCUUGCGAGCAGCGGGUUUCCGAGUCUCCCGGAAGUUUGCCAUGUUCAUCACCUUGUCCCAGAUCACUCAGAUGCUGAUGGGCUGUGUCGUUAACUACCUGGUCUUCCACUGGAUGCAGCAUGACCAGUGUCACUCUCACUUUCAGAACAUCUUCUGGUCCUCACUCAUGUACCUCAGCUAUCUUGUGCUCUUCUGCCACUUCUUCUUUGAGGCCUACAUUGGCAAGAUGAGGAAAACAACGAAGGCUGACUAGUGUCGGAACUGAGGAGGAAGCCAUAGCUCAGGGUCAUCAAGAAAAAUAAUAGACAAAAGAAAAUGGCACAAGGAAUCACAUAUGGUGCAGCUAAAACAAAACAAGACAUGAGAAAACACACAACCCAAAGCAGCUUAGGGAUAAUUAGGUUGAGUUAACCCAGUAAGUUUAUGAUCCUUUUUGGGUGAGGACUCACUGAGUACACCUCCAUCUCAAAGGACUGCUGCUGGAAGACCCCAUUCCCUCUUUAUCUGUCAACUCUAGGACAAAUGAGAACAAAAGUGGGCCAGAGGCAGAGAGAGAGAAAGAGAAGGCAAACAAAAGCUAUUAAGAGUAUAUGAAAAAAAAAAAUGUAUUUACUAAGUGUUAUAUUUCUCUAAGGAUCAAAGAAGUUUACUUAAAAGACUGUGCGAACCCAUACACACAAUCCUUUCUAAUCUUUUUUGACACUAAACUGGAGCCAACAGAAAAGAUAAAAAUGGAAGAGACACAGGGUGUCUAUCUAGAACAAUAAUGCUUUUGCAAAAAUGAAAGCCUUUUUAAGAAAGGUUGGCAGUUGUAGCCCCCAUGAGAAAAGAUGUCUUAAUCACCUCCUGAGAAAAUGGAUAUAAACAACUAUAUUUCAACUAAGAGAAAGGCUCGUUUCCCUUCAUCGCACAGCCUCAGUCUAGUGAGUUUGCCAAAACCAAACGGGGCACAAUAUUUUUCCAGGGUUCUUCCUGGGAGGAAGGAAGUAAUGCAGCCCAGUUCCUAAAAGGGCAGCCCCACCUCAGAGCAUUUCUGAUAUCCCCUAAAUGAGGUAGGAAGCAUUAUCCUUUGUUCUGUUGCCUCAGGCUUUCAAACAGAGGAGUAAAUACAGAAUAAAAAAGAUACAGCUCAAUCAAAUGAUUUGAAAAAUCGACUCUCUACUACCUGUAAAAAGGUGGAGCGCUGUACCGUUCUUGAGCUGGGAAAGAGAAAAAGACAGUGGGAAAGGAGAAGAUCAAUAUAAUAGACAAUAAGUACACCCCUCCCUCGGUGACUUCACACAUAUUCAUAACUUUCAAGUGAAACCCUGUGGUACAGUCCAUAUUUUCUAUAUUUUUGUGAAUUUCAAACAACCUGCAGGGCUCUUCUUGAUCUUGGGUAAACACUGUGUUUCUGCAUCAUCUGCAUUUGCUCCCUGAGGCAAUGCAGAGGUGUUUAAAGUGCCCUCUGCUGGUCGAGUGGAGAUACUUUGACAAACACACUUCAUGGCAAGUUUGGCUGGAACAGUUGACAACAAAGGGCCCCUUAUAGACUUAUUCUUCAAAUUUUAAAUGAUAUAAAAUACUCACCAUAUUUUUGGCCAAAUCAGAAGACAUUCUUCCCGCUUCAAGUCAGCUUCAGAAAUUUUUUUAAAAGGGACUUUUGCUCUGGAACUCAGAAAAUCGAUUUAUUAAGAGCCAUAUUCUUAAAAAAAAAAAAAGCUAGAUAAUAUAAUAUCUGUAAUAUUUCAGUCCUUUUCAAGCCAAAUAAAUGUGUAAACAUUCCUAGUAUUUCAAAGAAGCAAUUAUGUCAAGUUGUUCAAUGUGAUAUAAUAGUAUUCUCAUUGGUUAAGUAGCUUAAUGAUUAGACAAACUAGAUGAAAAAAUUAGGGGCCACUACACUGCAUAGAUUAGACACGCAUAACCACACGUAUAGGCACACAGAUGAGGGGUCCACCGAACUUCAAAGCUCAAAUGAAUAGAAACACAUUUUCUGGCUAGCAGAAAAAGAAGCUGUUGUUUAUCUUUCUUGCUUUAUUUGAGAGUGUACAGAAAAGGGAUUUUUCAAAUUAUUUUUAUAUUAUUUUAGCUUUAAUUGUGCUGUCAUUCAUGAAACAGAGCUGCUCUGCUUCUCUGUCAGAGAUGACAAGGGCUUUCUCAGCAUCUCGUUUAUGUGUGGAAUUGAAAAGAAUAAAAUUUUAUUCCAUUCUGUGUGAAUGGUCUGAACCAUGAACAAAGAA